CUGAAGCCCAUUUGAUGGCUCCUCAGCAUGGAUUCGAUGCUGAAAUUGCGGAGUCAAGCGUGCACUGCCUCUUUGAACAGGCCACCUCCAGGACUUGAAGAUUUUGGGCCAAGGGCAGUUGGACUAGUGCGACGUGAGGCUAUGACAAAGGAGAAUGACUUCUUACCGUCAGAUGCCAGCACUACUGAUACCGACUCGACCUCACUGACCUCACGGUGGUUCGGCGAAGGGGCUUUCUCACCGACAUCACUGCAUCCAGUUGCUUCUCCGUCGGGCGGCUUUGGGGCCCAGAAUGUUGGCGCCCCGAAGAAUACGGCCUUGGCGCUGCACGAAUUGUUGGAGGAAUCUGCCAGUCCUCGAGAUGACUGUCCGUCCAUUGGGUCUGCGUCGCACUCUUUGGGCCUUUGCAAGCCGUGCGACUUCAAGUGUCGGUCAUCCUGCAGAUUUGGCUACGAGUGUAUGUUUUGUCACAUUUGUGGCCCAGCAGAAAGUCGGAAAUGGAAAAAACACAGGAAGAACUACUGGAACCAGGCCAAGGCGAUCUUCCGCAAGAUGCAGCCGCCAGAGAGAAGUACCGGCAAACCAUCGAUGGUGAACGUCCUCUAUUUCCAAGGUCACUUUAGACCUCCAUUCGGCGCUCUCCUUGGACUUCUGACUCCACGGGCCCCCUCAUGCGUAGGGCCAUAUCCAAAGCGUGGGGCCCGUGGAGAGGUGCAAUCGAAUUCGCAAGCGCCCCGGAGGGGUGUACCUGGGGAAAAACCCAAGUUUCAUAGAAUUUUAUAGGUUUUAUGUGGCGCUUUCUUGGAAGCAAAGUGGCACAAUGCGACUCACACUGCGUUCCUGCUUCCUUCAUGUUUCAUUUCCGUAUUCCCAAAACACCUCCAUUCACUGCAUAUCGCUUUUGUUAUUGAGGCUGUUGAGGCUGUUGGAGGCUGCCAUGCGACUGGGCGUGCAGUGUACAGCUCCCUGUAUCUCACAUUUAUGCCCUGUCGCUACACCUGGCGCACACUACGUGCUUCUUCUUGACUGGGCAGGCCGUGCACAGCACUGUCGGCCCGUGCGCCUGCACGUGAAAUUUGUAUUUCCAGUGCCUUAAAAGAUGCUGAGAUACAGUACAGAUGCUCAGAGAGCUCUCCUGUCAUUUGAAGAACGGCCCAGAAGAAUCCGGGAGAUCCAU